UGUUUGCUUCUAAGUAAACAAUCACACCUAUCAGAUGUUUAUUUACCAGACUGUUGUAAAGUGCAUGUGUGUACUCUACUGCAGAACAAACUUCCCUCCUCUUUACAGCCCGCCCUUCAAUACUCUAUAGGAGACCACAUUUAAAAUUAAACCCCUCCUGAAAUCUCCCAGAGACCAAUCCACUAGAGAAAGGUCAGCGCCGAUGGCACACCCUCCGUUGUUCAAAGCCAAUCAGAGUGGAAGGGCAGCAUUUUGCCUGAGGGUAAAACUUACCCCUGGAUGUGUUAAUUACGCAUCACUAAGCUGUUGCCAAUGUGUUCACAACCGUGGACUAUCUUUUGGGCUUUUUGCAGCAGUUGUCUUCAUUCUUUAGUCAGUUUAGUAUGGAAAGUAGACAACAAUGGCUUACCAGGCUGAAAAAUGAACUUAGCAACAGUCCGCUGGUAUCCAAUGUGGCUUUUGGGUUCAUCCUCAUGGGACUAGAGAAGCUCGUGGAGCUGGAGUUUGAGUGUCCUUGCAAUCCUACGUGGAAUGGAGCAUUUUCAUCAGCAUUCUUCAUCAUUCCUGCUGUCAUGGCUUUUACCUUGAUGCAGAUCAUCCAGGGAUGCAGGUGCAACAUGUGGUGCAGGAAAAUGGUUUCCCUCUCAAGUUUCGUUCCUGCUGUCGUUUGGCUGAUCUUGUUGUUCCUGGAUGGCCAGUACUUUGCCUGUGCUAUGACAGACUGGGAUGGGAGAUUUGUCCUUGUUGACAAGGCAGCUCCGCAGAAGUGGUGUGAGCCAGUUACAGAGGGAGAUGUCACCCCGCAAGAAUUAAUGCUCCGCUCACAGCAGUUGUUUGUGUUUUCUCAGGUAAUAGGAAUAAUCCUCCUCAUUUUCAUCUGUGUGGGUCUGGUAGUGUAUGUAAUCAGAGAAAGCUGCCAACAGGAGGUGCAGAUGCAAGAUUCAGAUGUGGCUGAGCUCACCAUGCUCAGGAUGAGCUCUCUACGGACCAGAACAUCAUGAGUGGACCUACCCUGUCCUACACAGACAUUUUGUAUUUACCACAAAAAGACUUGACAGGAGUUUUUCAAUCUCCCCAAGGAUAUUUUGGGGCAUUUAAAGAUAUUUGAAAAUUCUCCAUCAGGUCAUAUAAUGUAAGUGUUUCGACAUUUACCAACUGGACUUCUCCUUGUCUUUUGUUUUUUUCUUGAAAAAUUCCUCAAAAGUAAAUGAUCACUGGUGUCACCAUGUACACUGUUCAAAUAAAUAUUGUGUGUUUUUUGUAUACAUAUUGAGGAAUAAGUAUAUAUAAAUGUCCCAUCUUGGUGCUUCCUCACUUGGGUUACCAGUGCAGCAAUUUCAUUCCUAAUCGAGGUGUGUGGGUUAAUAUUUUUUCUGCUAUUUUCUAUUUGUUUUGUUUUAUUGCUGUAGUUGAGAUGAAACUAAAUAUGUUUGAUCAGGUAAAAAAUACAGAAUAAUAACGAAUUGAUCUAAUUUCAGUGCCUUGCAAAAGUAUUCGUACCCAGUAAACAUUUUUACAUUUUGUCACAAAGUGACUGCAACAUUCAGUGUAUUUCCUUUGGAUUUUAUACAAUAGAACAAAACAAAGUAGUUUUGUUUUGUUCAUUUCUUAACAAAGCUUCUUUGUUAAGAAAGUAACAAAGUAGCUUUCUUAACAUUAUAAAUAUGUAUUUCCUUCACAUUUAGAAGGAAAUCCACUUCCUUCUAAAGGGACAGAAGGGAGAGAAAAAACAAAAACAAAAAUUUGAGAAGUUGACUGCACAUUUGUAUUCAGCUGACCUGAUUGUUUCACAUCUAGACUUAACUGCAUCACUGUUUCUGCUAGAAAAAAACGUCUUCCAACAGAAUGAUGAUGUCAUAUUCAACAGUUUUGGAUAUUGUUAUAUCACCGAGCCCUCUCCAAGCUAACUUGUCUUGUGUGGUAAUUGGUCUUCCUCAUUGUUGUUCUCUGACCAACCUCUGAGGUCUUUACAGAACUUACACUGAAAUUAAGUUUCUCAAAGUCAGAUUCUAAUAAAGGCCACAUCUCAGGUGACCUGAGGUGGAUUUUUUUCAGGGAAUAUAGUAUUUGAGGUUCAAUACAAAUGCAUACCACGCUUCAAAUAGUUUUUUAUUUAUUUAUUGUUUACUUUAUUUACUCAUAAAUCUGGCAUCCUUAUUCACUUUACAUCGUUGUGGUAGUCCAUGUUGACACAGAAAAAUAAAAUUCAGUACAAUAAUUGAAGUUUAUAGUUGUGAGUUCCGAAGCACAAUUACAAGUGCCUUUGCAAAGCACUGUAAUUAUAAAUCACAGAAAAUGUUGGAAAUUAGGUUUGUUAAAAACAAUAACUGGUUUGUCUGUAUACCCGCCCGCCAAUAAGUUUGUUUUCUUAAACUGGUUCCUGGUUAUAAGCAUGAAUAAAGUGAGAAUAAAUAUUAAACUUUUCAACAAAUAAUUUUAUAUAUAGUGAUACAUAUUGACAUAUGUAUAUUUAAGAUAUUGAUAUAUAUCAGUUGUCAACAGAGAUUGCUUUGUAUCAUUUCAUAAACCUUUCCCCAUACAUUUAAUCUGUAUAUUUUAAUUCACUGUUUUUUGUUUGAUUUGUUAACUAUAUUAGGUAUGUCAUAAGGUAUGUCUGCCAGGCAGCUAAUAAUGGUUUGUCCUUUAUUAUUCUUUUAUGCUAAAAAAAUAAUAAAAAUGUUCCUCUAAAUUGAAAUUCAUGUUCUACAUAUUACCUCUUCAAGCUUUGAGACACCAUUCCAAGUAUCCCCAGCAACAGUUGUAAUUGAUAUAAAAUUUGUAUUAUGUCA